AGAUUUAAGCAGCCGUCAGUUGAAACGUCGUCGAGAAAACGAACGUCAAAACUUGAGAGACGUCCUUAUCUAAACACACAAAAAUUCUUCCAUCGUUUAAUAUUUUAGCUGUGAACUUUCCUUUACUUUGAAACCUUGGAAGAUUCCUACGUCCAUCUCACUUUCAUUUUUAAUGUUACGAUUGUAAUAAGAACAUCGAGGCUUGCUAGUCAUGGCUAGAUACAUAGCUGAAGAUAAAAAAAUCAUGAAAACCUUGCAGUCAAGCAAGGAAGAAGAAGAAAUAAACCGUCGGUUGAAAGCUGCUGGCCUUUAUGAUCAUGAGGAUACAUAUGAAGCACGAAGACAACUUGACGAAGUUUUACAAAAAUCUAAGGAGGAAUCAGUUAAGAGAACAAAGGUAGACCUUGCAUCUUGGCAAACUUCAACAUCAUUUGAGAAUGCAUUCAACAUUGUUGAUGAUGAUGAAGAUAUUGUGCCAGAGCUAAGUCCACCUGUUUGCGCUUCCUCAAAAAAAAAUGGAAGAAAGCCUCCUCAAUGGAAAGCACUUUCUGAUGAUGAGCAUGAUGAUGAAAAUCUUCAGGCUAACAUUGAAUGUGAAGCUGCAGACCCUCUUGAAGGGACAUCAAAUUUGGUUCCACGAAAACAUUUAAAUCUGCAGAAGGGCAAACCUGUUGACGCCAAGAAAUUAGUAUUGACAGCCAAAGAAAGUUAUGGAAGCAAAAUGGUUGCAGCAUCACUUAAAAAAGGUGAAGGAAAUAAAACCCUGAAUUCGAAUCGCCCGCUGAGGUCAAAAAGAGGCGACCUGAUCAUAACUCCCGACGAACUUUCCGAUGUAGAAGACGUCCCAGAGAAUGAACUUCGGAACGUUGACAUGAAUGGAAGCUCGCCAAAAGAUGAAGAAACGAUCCGAAAAGCCUUUGACUCUGAAGACGACGAUUUCACUAGCUUGCCCGUCCCCAAAAGCAACCAAAAUCGUGGCAAAUCAGACCCGCCUGGAUCAGGAUUGAAAACGAAAAUAGGAACAAUGAAGGCAUUAUGCAACAAAUAUUCUGAAAUGUUGAAAAAAAUUGAACAGAUUACACCGUCGCCUUUGCCUGAAGAACUUGACUUCGAAAACAAAGGUCCCUACCAGCAAUUGAUCGAAAAUGAGGAAAAGUCAAAGAUUGAUCAACGUUCCUGCUCUAGGCCAAUGAAAUGGAGAAAACCUAUUAUCCUUACUGUGUCAAACAACAGGAGAAGACGCCAGAUGUUUAAAAAAUCACCGACGAACGAUACUAGUCUGCCUGUAGAUGCAAAAAUCGAUCACCGAGAUGAUAUCAUCUGUGAUUCACCACCAGCCUCUUCUAGCAUGGUGAACUUAGAUGUUCCUCCGACCAGCCCUGUUUUUGAAUCAAGUGCUUCACGAAAGCGACUGGGGGGAUCGAAAGAGAUUACGGAUGUAGGAAUCGAAAUCGACAGGAAGUCACCCGUGGAUGCAACACAGGAUUCGUCAUUUCAGGAAUGUCCUAUCUGUGGCAAGUCGUUUCCCCUUAGCAUCAUUGAAACACACGCAGAUGGAUGCAUCAAUAACUUAGAGGAAGAAGCUCGACCGCGUUCGGAACGGAUUGCCACACGAUCCGUCAAAUCGCGCAACGGAUGGCACGAUAGUUCACAGUGGGGUAAAGGAUUGGAACCAGCCGUUGGAAGAAGCACUCCUAUCACGCCGGAAACGGAUGCUUCCGAGAUAAUAUUUGAUUCCGAUUCCAAUUCCGAUUUUGAAACAACGAAUGGGUCGGGUACUAAACGUAACCAACGCAAGACCGAAGGUAGCAAAGUCAAGAAACGUCGUUAUUAAGGGGCUUUCGCCGUUCCAUACAUCAACGUUUUUGCAUCAUCGGUCAAAAAUUGAUUUGGCUCAUGACACCGUUAACCUGAAGAACACUGCUGUGAUGGAAUCUUAUUCAAUCUUGUUUUCAUUGUAUGAUAUCGUAGGAAGAUGCGUUUGUUUUUGUACACAGAAUUCGUUUAAUUUGUUGUCAGUUGAUCAAAAAUGUUACCCUCCAAGUUGUGUCAACAGUUAACAUUUACAUAAUACAAAUCCCGAAGUUGAAGUCUCAA